GAUCGGGGUGGUGGGUGUGUGCGUAGAUGUGCAGGGAGAUCGGGGGCAGGGCGCUGAAGUUAGAGAAUAAAAGCUGCUCACAACAGCAGCUACUUAACGAUCAGAAAAUCAGGCAAGAAGCAAGUAUCUGCAAGUAUAUAAUCUACUUCCUUACUACUUACUUUCAGGAAAGACGACAAUGGCAGACAUAGUGAAAGCUACCCAAUCAAUUUCCAAGGCUGGAGAUUUCAGAGAUGAUACCAAGCUGAUAAUGCAACCAUAUGCUAACUGGGAGGAGUACUUGGUACCUGCCCCAGUCUCCAUAGCCAUUCUGGGGGAGCUGGUCUGUAUCUCCUCUAAUGUAGAUUUCUCCAUCAACAAAAACCCUCCAAAAGAUGGAUUUCAGUUAAUCAAGUACCCAGACUCAUUCCGUGCCUGUCUAAUGCAAGUGGCUAAUUCUGGAUGGGCGGCAUUCAAUGAGGCUCACAAGAACAUGGACCAGAUCCGUCUCCACACUGGCAAUGUGCCAGCUUACAUCAAGACAUCGGUAAAUAUUUUGGUACAAGACAAUGAUGAGCUGGUCCAAACCAUCCUCCCUGACCAACUGGAGAACAUAUCAACUAUAUCAGAUGACUGUGAAAGAUUAGCUGAGCAAACUGAGAGAAAGUUCACCCUAACUAUUUAUCUGAUCCAAGAACUUUUAGAAGCUUGUAUAAGUGCAAAGAAGGUAUAUGGUGAUGAUCUGGAGAACGUCAAGCGCAAAAUUGAGGAGACAAAUAUGAAGAAGGAGGAUUCAGAGAAAGCAAAGGAAAGGGCUCAGAAAACACUUCAGGACAUGAAUAAACAGGUAGAAGAGGCACAGAACACCUUUAAUAAAGCAAUGGAUUCACUGCCAUCUGGGUGGGAACUGAUUGGCAUGAACUUUGUAGAAGGACUCACAGAAGGUGUAUUAACUGCUCUCAACAUUUUUACAAACAUAGCAGCAAAAGUCGUAGAAAUAAAACUAGGAGGUCCAAUGAUGCUUGCACAGGGCAACACGUUGUCCAAAUCAGGGCAGCUUCUGGGUCUGAGUCGAACCUUAAACAGCUUUACAGAACCAAACCAAAUUAAAUGGUCUGAUGUAUUUGACGAAAAGGAGGGGAAAGCAAAGACGUCAUUUCUCAGUAAACAAUUUGAGCACAUUAAAACCUCAGUGGCCAGUGAAAAUGACUCUGAUGCAAAAAGCAAAGCUAUAAAUAUCUGCACAAAGGGUACGAACCUGUGCUCUGAGCUCAGCACCAUCGCACCUGAAGGGAAAUGCGAUGAUGGCAAGACCAAAGAAAUGAUUGGAGGAAUCCAAAAGCUGCUGAAGGAAACAGAGAAAUUUGACUCUGAGAGCAAAGCCCUCACAAACACACCAGCUUUUACACCUGAACCCCCGCAACAAGCUAAGGAGAGCGGAAAAAAACGGGCAGGUGAGAUGGCGGUGGAGAACGCUCGUUUCCGCAUAGAGCAGAGUCGAGCUCAGCUGGAAAAGGCAAGAGAGAUGCAAAAACAGAGUUUGGAAAACCUGGAGAAAAACCAGAAGGAGCUGACAGAGAUCUUAGUCACACUGAGAAACUGUGAAGUAAAAGAGAUCGACUUCAACACCACCAUUAAAAUGCUGGUCAAGGGUCUAGAUGCGAUGGGAAGAGUGAAAGAGCAGUGGGAGAAGAUGGUACGCUUCUUUCAGAUGAUCUCAAACAUCGUUAAGACCUGCCUGCAUAGAUCUCUGACUGAUUUUGUCAAACAGUCUCAGAAGGCAUCUCAGAAACAUCUGUCAUAUAACACAAAAAAGUUCAUGAAAGACCUGAUCUACCAGCAGGCCUUUUAUGCGUCGAAUGUAGCCAGCUUGGUUAACAUGAUCUCAGGGACCUACGUUGAGAUUUCCGACAAGCACCUGAUGGACAGGAUCAGCAGUCUGGGCAAACUCAUGGCUCUGGAUCCCAGCAAACCGAAUUUUGAAAGUGAACGCAGGAAAUUACAUGAUGCCUGUGAAGAAGCUCAAGAAGCAAUACGAGAUCUUGUGAUGAAGAACAACCAGACAUUUAAUCAGAAGGCAAAAGAAAGAAUGAACAGAAUCGAAGGGGCACUAAAGCCGAUGCUACCCCCAGUAUCUGAGGAGAAAAUGAGAGAGAUGAAAGAAAUAACAGAAUCUGCAUUUAAAGAAAUGAGUCAGGAGGAUGAAGAUCAGUUUGCAUGAAGUUUCUUUUAAAGCAUGAAUAACUCAAAAAUAGCUACAGAACACAUACAUUUGAAUAACAUACACACACAGAUGCACACACACACAAACACAUAAUAUUAAUACUAGAAAAUGUACAUUUUCUCUUGCUUUGCUUCACUGGAAGCUCUUAAUCGACAUCUUUUGCGUUAUCAAGUCAAGUCAAGCAGGUUUUAUUGUCAUUUCAACCAUACACACAGUAUACAGUGAAAUGAGAUAACGUUCCUCCAGGACCAUGGUGCAACACAGAGCAGGACAAAGACAGAGCAACAUCAUAAGUGCAGACAGGACAGCAUAGCAGUACAGAUUGACAAGACAGACAAGACAACAGUGCCAAUUAACAGUGGUAACAUUCUGGAUACAGUAUUUGUUACUGUAUGGUAGCAGCGAAGGUUGUUUGUGCAAAAAUGCUGUACAAAAAUGCCAUGGUAUAAUAAAUAACAAUAAAUAUUAUAUACAGAUGUA